GAGAGCGUCAACCGUCAGGCGUCAACUGCCAGGAUAAACUGAAGUCGGUUUGUAUGCACUGAAAUUGUUCGAAGAAAAGUGGGAGAGAGUGAAAGUGUGACGAUGAUACCAAAAUCACUGCAGGUGUUGGGCACAAGUGCUACAAUAAUCUUUGGUGGAUUUGUCACCCUCAAUUUCGCUUCAACGAUUACGAUAGGUGCGCUUCGUGCUGUCACUGAAGCGAAACGGAAAAAGGUCGCGGCGCCUUGUGGGUCUUGUAAAGGGAAAGGAUUUUAUAAAUGUAAGUUAUGCAAAGGAAAUGCAACUAUAAAGUGGUCGCCUUUGUAUGACCCUAUUUUUAUCAACCCUUGUCUUUGUCCUACAUGUGAUGGUAACAGGGUGCAGCGCUGUCUGAACUGUCUGGGGAAGGGCUACUAUUGACUUGGGGAGGCUGAACGCAUAAUACCGAUCUUCUGUUUUCUAUAUUUCAAUUUAUAAAUUGUGAAACGUAUAUUGUUCUGCCAAAGCAAAGAAAAACAUGGUUAGUUGGUGCACCAACUGAAAGCUUCGUUAAUAAAUUAUAGUUAUUGGUUGAAAUCUUAGAUUUUUUCCCAUUUGUACAUUUGAAACUGUUAUGUGAUUGACAGAGCCGGAUCCCAUUUUAGAUUUCUCAAUUUGUCAUGUUUCUGUCAAGCAUACACACUAACUACAUCUGUCAUUGUUGGUCGUGGAGGAUCCACUGCACUGUAUUGGAUACACGGGGUGCCAGGUAGCGGUUCAGUGUAUCCCAGAUCCCGCUAACCUGAAGACUCUUCUUUCUCAAAUCCCAUUCAUAAAGAGGUAUCAGUCCUGAACAUUUUACUCAAAGAUCUCUCCACAGAGAUAGAUAGGUGAAAGUCUUGGACAAUAAUUAGAAAUAUUGCACUCAUAUAUUUUAAAAGGAUUAAAGAGUCAUGACUCCAAUGCAGAAAGCAUCAGAUUGUCUGGCAUUGUUUCUAUUUAUUCACCAUGUUUCCUAUUGUACCAAAAUCAUGGAUUUUGGAAUUCUUACUACCAUACAACAACCAUUACCAGAUUCCAGGAAUGAUUUUUAAUCAGUUCUUCUAUAAACAUUUUCUCUUGUAAUUACUCAUUGAUGUAUGUGUUCUCUUUGUCAUAGAUGCAACAAUCUG